UCAUUCGCAUUUGUUUAUCAGACAAUCGCGUGUGAAAAUUGUCCCGCGCAUUUUACAGUUUCGAACGUUGUUCCCAAUUUUCAUGUUGCGACAGCUGUUUAUCUGCAAAAUGUAACUCUUUAUCGUAAUCCAAUUAUAAGCGUAUGUGCAAAAAUAUGCUUCUCAGGCUGAUUACCUUCAUCCAGUUAAUAUUUUUUAUUCAAGCGCGCAAUGUAUGUGAUAACAACAACAGUUUCUGCUCUAAUCAGAGCAAAGAUAGUGAAGAAUGUAACAUAAAUGCCAGUGUUAUAUCUUCAAAUGAAUGUAGUGCAAUUAAUUUUGCAGUGAAUAAAGUUCAACAAAAUUUAGGUGAUGUCAGUUUGCAGCUUAUUGAAAAUGUUUCAAUGUCGUUUCAGAUUUAUUUUAAUCAGAUAAAAUGGAAAAAAUGUUAUUUAAAAUUAUCUGAUAUCAAAAACUCAGACAAGUUUAACUGUAAAAUGUAUACUGUUGCAUCACAUUUGGUUACUCCAUUAAAGGAACCAGUUCAGGAUAAUUGUUUAAUGAAUUUACAAACUGAAGGAAAGUCUUACAAAUUGGAAUAUAAGAGUGAACACAAACAAGAGAUUGCCACUAAAAAUUUUAUUUUUAACAUACCUUUGUCACAAAAUUUUGGUCCCCAAGUAAACAUUAAAAACAGAUCAGUAUUUUCAUAUGUUGAAUACACAGAAAAUAAUAUUCUCUACCUUAAUGUACAACCUGUAUCUAAAAUCUAUAACAUAUCUGAGUACAAAGUAGAAGUAUAUCGCAAAAGGGAUAACAAAAAUGAACUCAUGGAUGUUAGAAUGUUUUCUGGAUAUUCAGAAAAAAUACAAUUAGAAUAUACAACUUACAGUGAAGAGGGUGAAUAUUAUUUCGCUAUCAGUUUAAUUAAUGCCUUCUGUCCUGAGGAUUACUGUUUCAAAUCUGUUACUCCUGAAAUUUACAUUUUUAGGAGGGGAACACCAUUAGUUAUUGGUAUAGUUGGUGCAAGUUUUAUAAUCCCUUUUGUAUUGUUUGUUUUUCAUAUGAUCAGCAGAAAAUAUAAAAACAAUAUUCCAGGAGAUUUUCUAAUGUCACAGGAAAAAAUAUUAAUAAUGUUCAAGCCUUCGUUCGAAUCGCACACAAAAGUAAUCAGCAGCUUAGCGGAUUUGCUAAAACAAACGACCGGAAGAGAAGUAAUAUUGGAAGCGUUCAAAGACCCGCACCAAAACGAAAAAAUUUGCAGCGAUCGCGUAUUAUACGCGACCCAUAUCCUAUAUGUCCCUCCACCGUCCUGCGACAGUCCAAUUUGCGAGAUGGACAUGAUGACGUACAAUUUCCUCAAAGACGAGAUCAAGAAACGUCCCGAUGACAAGGUCAUAGCGAUCGCCAGAUUUCACUACACCACCGACGAAAUUCCCGACGUAUUUCGCGGUUGCCUCUCGUUUUUGCUAAUGGAUGAGUUUGAUGCUUUUAUGGGGUUGUUUGAAAGAGCCAAGAAGGUCAGGCAGGAUUCCUGGUAUAUGGAAUUGGUUAGAAGGAUUGAUCUUGCUAAGAACGAUACGGAUAUGAAAAGAAACAUGCCUAAGAUUAUUGUCACAGAACAAUCCGAUUGUUCUGACGGGGAGUUUGACGGGCUGUUGUAAAUGCCGCAACUACAAAUUUAUUGUUUAGGAAUUGAUGUUUACAUUCCAGACUUCACGUUCGAAUGGCCCUUUUUUAAUUUUAACUAGACGUUAAUCUUUGAAUUUCGCUUUUUUGGAUAUUGUGUAGUGUUUCAUUUCAUUUUUUAAAAGUACAUUUUCUGUUACUGUUAAAAAGAUGUAGCGAACGUGAUUUCCCUCAAUAUUAUACUAUAGUAUUAAUAUCAAUGUGCUAAGAUAUCCAAGAAAAUAUACUAUAAACUGUUGUGAUUACUUAUUGUAUGUAUGAUUAUCUAAGAAAUGACCAUGUAAAAUUUAAGUGUUUGAAUAGAGUUAAAUUUUAUGAGAAAUUUGACUUUUUGAUAAUUGUGUACAAUAUUUAACGAAAAGACAUAUUUAAUUGUAAGACUGAUUGGUACUAACAAUUUUUAUAACAUUUAUUUUAUAUUAUUUAGUAUUGUUGUAUUUAUUUUUUAUAAAUGUUUAUAAAAUGUGACGUAUAAAUAAA